CUGGGAGGCGCCAGUGCGAGUCCGAGCCGCUCCUCGUCCGCCGCCGCCGCCGCCGCCGCCGCCACCGCCGGCUCCGUCGCCGCCGCGCACAGGCCUCCCGCGUUCUUGCCUUCCCCGCGCCGCGGUCCUCGAUGCGGGGCCGGGCCGCUGCGUGAUGGGGCUGCGGAGCUGCGCCCUGCGGCUCGCGGCGGCAGCUGCUAGCGCUGAGGAGCGUCGGUGCCGGGCCCCCCGCGCCCCCGCGCGCCGCCUCGCCUGCUGACCCGGCCCGCCCGUCCGCCCGUCGGUCCCGCAGCGCGGCUGAGGAAACUUGAACAUAACUUCAAAAGAAGAUUUGAUACUUUAUUUCUGGACUGCAUACAUAUAACAAGACCAUCAGAAUGUCGGGAGCCUCAGUGAAGGUGGCUGUGCGGGUUCGGCCCUUCAAUUCUCGAGAGACCAGCAAAGAAUCCAAGUGCAUCAUUCAGAUGCAAGGCAACUCGACCAGUAUUAUUAACCCAAAGAACCCAAAGGAAGCUCCAAAGUCCUUCAGUUUCGACUACUCCUACUGGUCGCACACCUCGCCUGAAGAUCCCUGUUUUGCAUCUCAAAACCGUGUGUACAAUGACAUUGGAAAGGAAAUGCUGUUACAUGCCUUUGAGGGCUAUAAUGUCUGUAUUUUUGCCUAUGGGCAGACUGGUGCUGGGAAAUCUUAUACAAUGAUGGGUAAACAAGAAGAAAGCCAGGCUGGCAUCAUUCCACAGUUGUGUGAAGAACUAUUUGAGAAAAUCAACGACAACUGUAAUGAAGAAAUGUCUUACUCUGUAGAGGUGAGCUAUAUGGAAAUUUACUGUGAAAGAGUACGAGACCUGCUGAAUCCAAAAAACAAGGGUCAUUUGCGUGUGCGUGAACACCCGCUUCUUGGCCCAUAUGUGGAGGAUCUGUCCAAGCUGGCGGUCACUUCCUACACAGACAUUGCUGACCUCAUGGACGCCGGGAACAAAGCCAGGACAGUGGCAGCUACCAACAUGAAUGAAACAAGUAGCCGUUCCCAUGCUGUGUUUACCAUUGUUUUCACCCAGAAGAAACAUGAUACUGAGACUAACCUUUCCACCGAGAAGGUCAGUAAAAUCAGCUUGGUGGAUCUCGCAGGAAGUGAACGAGCCGAUUCAACUGGUGCCAAAGGGACUCGAUUAAAGGAAGGAGCAAAUAUUAACAAGUCUCUUACAACUCUGGGCAAAGUCAUUUCAGCCUUGGCAGAGGUGAGUAAGAAGAAAAAGAAAACUGAUUUUAUUCCCUACAGGGAUUCUGUACUUACUUGGCUCCUUCGGGAAAAUCUAGGUGGUAAUUCUCGGACUGCAAUGGUUGCUGCUCUGAGCCCAGCAGAUAUCAACUAUGAUGAAACUUUGAGCACUUUGAGAUAUGCAGAUCGUGCAAAGCAAAUUAAAUGCAAUGCUGUUAUCAACGAGGACCCCAAUGCCAAGCUGGUUCGGGAAUUAAAGGAGGAAGUGACACGGCUGAAGGACCUUCUUCGUGCUCAGGGACUGGGCGACAUUAUUGAUAUUGAUCCAUUGAUCGAUGAUUACUCUGGAAGUGGAGGCAAAUAUCUGAAAGAUUUUCAGAACAAUAAGCAUAGGUACUUGCUAGCCUCAGAGAAUCAACGCCCUGGCAAUUUUUCCACAGCAUCCAUGGGGUCCCUUACUUCAUCUCCAUCUUCCUGCUCACUCAAUAGUCAGGUGGGCUUAACAUCCGUGACCAGUAUUCAGGAGAGGAUCAUGUCCACACCUGGAGGCGAAGAAGCCAUUGAACGCCUAAAGGAAUCGGAGAAGAUCAUUGCUGAGCUGAAUGAAACCUGGGAAGAGAAGCUGCGUAAAACAGAGGCCAUCAGAAUGGAGAGAGAGGCCUUGUUGGCUGAGAUGGGAGUUGCCAUUCGAGAAGAUGGAGGAACCCUGGGAGUUUUCUCACCUAAGAAGACCCCACAUCUUGUUAACCUCAAUGAAGACCCACUCAUGUCUGAGUGCCUGCUUUAUUACAUCAAAGAUGGAAUUACAAGGGUUGGCCAAGCAGAUGCUGAGCGGCGCCAGGACAUCGUGCUGAGUGGGGCUCACAUUAAAGAAGAGCAUUGUAUCUUCCGGAGCGAGAGAAACAACAGUGGGGACGUUAUUGUGACCCUAGAGCCCUGUGAACGCUCAGAAACCUAUGUAAAUGGCAAGAGGGUGGCCCAGCCCGUUCAGCUGCGCUCAGGAAACCGUAUCAUCAUGGGUAAAAACCAUGUGUUUCGUUUCAACCAUCCGGAGCAAGCUCGAGCGGAGCGGGAGAAGACUCCUUCUGCAGAGACCCCCUCUGAGCCUGUGGACUGGACGUUUGCCCAGAGAGAACUUCUGGAAAAACAGGGGAUUGAUAUGAAGCAGGAAAUGGAAAAAAGGCUGCAAGAGAUGGAGGUCCUGUACAGAAAGGAGAAAGAAGAAGCAGAUCUUCUUCUGGAGCAGCAGAGACUGGACUAUGAGAGUAAGUUGCAGGCCUUGCAGAAGCAAGUUGAGACCCGCUCCCUCGCUGCCGAGACAACAGAAGAGGAAGAAGAAGAGGAAGAAGUUCCUUGGACACAACACGAAUUUGAGCUGGCCCAGUGGGCCUUCCGGAAAUGGAAGUCUCACCAGUUUACUUCAUUAAGGGACUUACUUUGGGGCAAUGCUGUUUACCUGAAGGAGGCCAAUGCCAUCAGCGUGGAACUGAAGAAAAAGGUGCAGUUCCAGUUUGUUCUGCUGACAGACACCUUGUACUCCCCUUUGCCUCCGGAAUUACUUCCCACCGAGGCGGAAAAAACUCAUGAAGACAGGCCUUUCCCUCGGACAGUGGUGGCGGUAGAAGUGCAGGAUCUGAAGAAUGGAGCCACACAUUAUUGGUCUUUGGAGAAGCUCAAGCAGAGGCUGGAUUUGAUGCGAGAGAUGUAUGACAGAGCAGGUGAGGUGGCCUCUGGUGCCCAGGAUGAAAGCGAAGCCACCGUGACUGGCAGUGAUCCAUUUUAUGAUCGAUUCCAUUGGUUCAAACUGGUAGGAAGCUCCCCCAUUUUCCACGGCUGUGUGAACGAGCGCCUUGCUGACCGCACACCCUCCCCCACUUUUUCCACCGCCGAUUCCGACAUCACUGAGCUGGCUGACGAGCAGCAAGAUGAGAUGGAGGAUUUUGAUGAUGAGGCAUUCGUGGAUGACACCGGCUCUGACGCAGGGACGGAGGAGGGAUCAGAUCUCUUCAGUGACGGGCAUGACCCGUUUUACGACCGAUCCCCAUGGUUCAUUUUAGUGGGAAGGGCAUUUGUUUACCUGAGCAACCUGCUGUAUCCUGUGCCCCUGAUUCACAGGGUGGCCAUCGUCAGUGAGAAGGGCGAAGUGCGGGGAUUUCUGCGUGUGGCUGUGCAGGCCAUUGCAGCGGAUGAGGAAGCUCCUGAUUAUGGCUCUGGAAUUCGACAAUCAGGAACAGCAAAAAUAUCGUUUGAUAACGAGUACUUUAAUCAGAAUGACUUUUCUUCUGUGGCAAUGACUCGUUCUGGUCUGUCCCUGGAGGAACUGAGGAUUGUAGAAGGGCAGGGUCAGAGUUCAGAGGUCAUCACUCCUCCAGAAGAAACCAACCGAAUGAAUGACCUGGAUUUGAAGUCCAGCACUUUGCUGGAUGGUAAGAUGGUCAUGGAAGGGUUUUCUGAAGAGAUUGGCAACCACCUGAAACUGGGCAGCGCCUUCACUUUCCGCGUGACAGUGCUGCAGGCCGGCGGGAUCCUUCCAGAGUACGCAGACAUCUUCUGUCAGUUCAACUUUUUGCAUCGCCAUGAUGAAGCAUUCUCCACCGAACCCCUCAAAAACAAUGGCAGAGGAAGUCCCCUGGGCUUUUAUCACGUGCAGAAUAUUGCAGUGGAGGUCACCGAAUCAUUCGUGGAAUACAUCAAAACCAAGCCGAUAGUAUUUGAAGUCUUUGGGCAUUAUCAGCAGCACCCACUUCAUCUGCAAGGACAGGACCUUAACAGUCCACCUCAGCCGUCUCGAAGGUUCUUCCCUCCUCCCAUGCCACUCUCCAAGCCAGUUCCAGCCACCAAGUUAAACACCAUGAGCAAAACGAGCCUUGGCCAGAGCAUGAGCAAGUAUGAUCUUCUGGUUUGGUUUGAGAUCAGUGAACUGGAGCCUACGGGAGAGUACAUCCCAGCUGUGGUUGACCACACAGCAGGCUUGCCCUGCCAGGGGACAUUUUUGCUUCACCAGGGCAUCCAGCGGAGGAUCACAGUGACCAUUAUCCACGAGAAGGGGAGUGAGCUCCAUUGGAAGGACGUUCGUGAGCUGGUGGUAGGCCGGAUCAGGAAUAAGGCCGAAGUGGAUGAGGCUGCGGUUGAUGCCAUCCUCUCCCUCAAUAUUAUCUCUGCCAAGUACCUGAAAUCCUCCCACAACUCCAGCAGGACCUUCUACCGUUUCGAUGCUGUGUGGGACAGCUCCCUCCAUAACUCUCUCCUUCUGAACCGCGUGACACCCUAUGGGGAAAAGAUCUACAUGACCUUGUCAGCAUACCUAGAGCUGGACCACUGCAUCCAGCCAGCGGUCAUCACCAAAGACGUGUGCAUGGUCUUCUACUCCCGGGACGCCAAGAUCUCGCCGCCACGCUCUCUGCGCAGCCUCUUUGGCAGCGGCUACUCAAAGUCACCAGACUCCAAUCGCGUCACUGGAAUUUAUGAACUCAGUUUAUGCAAAAUGGCAGACACAGGUAGUCCAGGCAUGCAGAGGAGGAGGAGAAAAAUCUUGGAUACGUCGGUGGCAUACGUGCGGGGAGAAGAGAACUUAGCAGGCUGGCGGCCCCGCGGGGACAGCCUCAUCCUUGAGCACCAGUGGGAGUUAGAGAAGCUGGAGCUCCUGCACGAGGUGGAGAAGACUCGCCACUUCCUGCUGCUGCGUGAGAGACUUGGUGACAGCAUCCCCAAAUCCCUGAGUGACUCCUUGUCCCCCAGCCUCAGCAGCGGGACCCUUAGCACCUCCACCAGCAUCUCCUCUCAGAUCUCUACCACCACCUUUGAAAGUGCCAUCACCCCCAGCGAGAGCAGCGGCUACGACUCCACGGACAUUGAAAGCCUGGUGGAUCGAGAGAAGGAGCUGGCUACCAAGUGCCUGCAACUUCUCACGCACACUUUCAACCGGGAGUUCAGCCAGCUGCACGGCAGCGUCAGUGACUGUAAGCUAUCCGAUAUCUCUCCUCUUGGACGGGACCCGUCUGUGUCCAGCUUCAGCAGUGCCACACUCACUCCCUCCUCCACCUGCCCUUCGCUGGUAGAAGUUCGGAGCAACUCUCUGGACCAGAAGACCCCAGAAGCCAAUUCCCGGGCCUCUAGUCCCUGCCCAGAAUUCGAACAGUUUCAGAUCGUCCCAACUGUGGAAACGCCCUAUUUGGCCCGAGCAGGAAAAAAUGAAUUUCUCAAUCUUGUUCCAGAUAUUGAAGAAAUUAGACCAGGCUCUGUGGUCUCUAAGAAAGGAUACCUGCAUUUCAAGGAGCCACUUUAUAGCAACUGGGCGAAACAUUUCGUCGUGGUCCGUCGCCCUUAUGUCUUCAUCUAUAACAGCGACAAAGACCCAGUGGAGCGUGGCAUCAUUAACCUGUCCACAGCACAGGUGGAAUACAGUGAGGACCAGCAGGCCAUGGUGAAGACACCUAACAUCUUUGCUGUGUGCACAAAGCAUCGCGGGGUCCUCUUACAGGCUCUCAAUGACAAAGACAUGAACGACUGGUUAUAUGCCUUUAACCCACUGCUCGCUGGCACAAUACGGUCAAAACUGUCCCGCAGGUGCCCGAGCGAACCGAAGUACUAAGUGACUCUGCUGAGCGCCCUCACUCGCCUUCGAGAGAUAAAGAAAGUGUUGCCCCUCACUUCUCUCUGUGAUUCUUGACGGCCCCUCUCGUGUGUAAGCCUGUGGCGUAGCUGCUUUCCCUCCCGUCAGCACUCUUCGCAGCUCUCCUGGUCCCCGUCUCCAUGGCUCUGUGUCCUUCUUUUUUCCUGUGCUGAGAACCGUGGUGAUAGCGUGUGGCCUAACAAAAGGGAGAAAAACUAACGAACAAACACAAACAACCCAGAGGGGAUCCGGUGGGUCUCCAAAUUAUUUUUUCGUGACUGGCUUCCUUUUGUACGAUAGGUCCCCGUCUGACCACCUGUGAUGUCUGUACUGCUGUCCUUGGAUAUCUUUGUCUGUUUUUUAAGGCAACGUAAUAUUUUUUUUCUUUUUUCUCUUUGUGCUAUCACUUUGAUUUUGGGGGGUGGCUUCAGAGACUAAGGAGGGAAACCUCUGGCCUUUUUUGGAACCUAAAAGGAAACAAACUUCAUCUUUUUCCCUUCUCUCUUUUUGCCAUUGCCAAUCCCUGCAUUUUCCAUCCAGGGAAAAGGUGGUGGUGAGCUUAGAAGCUGCACAGGUGCGUUCUCUGAAAUUGGAACCUAUUUGGAACGUAGCUACGCGGUUUUCUUUUAGUGGAAGAGAGAAGGGGGGACUUUUUAGCAGGCCUGGAACAGCGGCUGCCGCUGACCCUGUAAGAUGGGGAAGGCCAAGGACGUUGGCAGCGCAUCUGAGAGGACCGUGGGGCCUGGCGGCAGCUCGUGAGGGCGGGCGGCCAGCGGGAGGAGGGCGGCGCCCCGCAGCAGGGCUCCCGUGAGCUGUUUUCUCUUAGGAUUUCCUCUUUCUCUUCUUGGCAUGAGUGAUGACGGUACAGUUUGGAAUUAGUGCCAUGUCGUACGCCACUGUCCCACAAGGGGGGAGCGACUCCCCUUCUGAGGGUCCUUGUUUUGUUGCCCUUAUAAUUACGGUGACACUGAGCAGUGACCUUGUGAUCCUUCUCGCCCCCUUUGAUCGAACGAGUGUAGCUUUCAAGUGUAGACUUGAAGUCUCCCUCUGAACCCAGUGGGCAUUUUCAGUGAUUCUUGUCAAAUUGAAAAUACUUUCAGUACUGCUUCUCCCCUGAUAAUCAUAAGUAUGCAGACAUGGCAGGCUUUGCCUUCUGGGUCCCAGGAUUAAAACCGCCCCCUUCCCACCACUCAACAAAAGGACACGUGGGGGCAGAGGGGAGGUGCGCCUGAGCCAGGCCCCCAGUGGUUCGCGCUGCGUCCGCCCAGCCUCUCCUCCUUGCUUGUCUGCGUCCCGUGUGGGAGCGUCGCCAGAGGAGAAGGGAGGAAGCUCGCUGCUGCUGGUCUGCUUCUCUGACGGUUCAGGGCCGUUGCAUCCAGGAGCCAUCAUGGAAGAAGAUAGACCCUCUUUCUCUCUCAGCUGCCAGUCAGAGUUAAGUUUUCUAGGAGUGAGCUGGGGACGAGAAGGCCUCCUGGUUCCUCCAGCUGCUUUGCCGGUUGACCGGGCGGGGGUGUUUUGUAGCGUCCUUCACCUCCCUCCCGCAAACCUCUGACCGCCCCUCGGGCGUUCAGGAAGGUAGCUGCCCUCACCCACCUUGUGGAGCCUGAGGGGCCCCCAGCCGUGAAGUUGCCGAGUCUGUGGCGUCCGGCCGACCUUCUGCCUCAGGCAGCCCAGGGCAGGGGCUGGUGCGCCAGGGCCCGGCAGGCGCGCCGAACGUUGGCCCUUGCUUCUGACUUCCCGCUCGGGCUCAUCUCUGGGGACAGGUCUCUCGGCUUCGGUACAAUUGCCUUGCAAAGAGGGGGAAAGUGAAUCGUGGUGAGCCUAAAAGAAAGGAUAGAAAUCACAGCCUGUGACCUUAGGUGAAGAGUGAUCAAUAAAAACUCUAUAGUAGAUUUUUAACUUUUUUCCUCUCCUUAAACAUAGGUCAUUAACUAUGACGUUACUUGUUUUCUAAGCGGUGUGUGACUUUUAAUGUAGUUAGAGGUUCCUUCAUCAUCUUAACAGACGCGAUAUGCCCUUGUGGUGUUACUCAAAUCCGGGAUCCGUCGGUGCUUAGCAGCUUCUGGACUGGAAUGAAAUGCAGUUGCAGGGAGACGAAGAUGAAAUUUGAAGAUUACUUUUAGUGAAGUCCCAGGUGCCACUGCCGUUCGUCACGAGGUCUGACAGAGGGCCCUGUGUCUGUGACAGAGGGAGGCGAGGAGGGCUGAGGGAGACUAAAAUCAUGUGAGAAACUGAAACGACGUUUGGUUUUUCUUCUGACUCAAACAAAACUGGUUUGGAAAGUCUUUGCUUUGCAGGUGUCGGAUAUUAGCACAGGUAGGCCUGGGCCGUUCAUGACACCCCCCGGGGAAGAGGGCCUCCUGAGGAAGCAGGCCGUGUGUGUCCUGCGAGGGUCUCCAGCAGGUGCGCUUCCUGCCGUCUGAGGACAGCCCUUAUGGGGGGCCCCUCUUCCUCCUGUGCCCCAUUUUCAGAUUGAAGUUGGAACAAUUUCGGGAUCAAUGUUCCCUUUCUGGGUAGGUCCAUCCCUCCCGUGAAGCUGAGAGAGCACUUAUGGCAGGAACUACUUAGGAGGGAUUAGCUGAAGCCAUGGUGGCAGGAAAGAUGAUAUUUAACAUGAUAUUAAUAUUCUAUUAGUAUUUAAGGAAACUACUUUCUGAGGGUUUCUUCUGUGUUUUUUCCCUAAAGCAUUCCUUUAAAUAAGCAAAACAAAAACAGAAAGAAAAAGCUCUUAGGUGCAUUAAGGAGAAAUGGGUGCCAGUUGAAAGUAAUCCUCUCCUCCCCUCCUUCCCCACCCUCCUUUCUCCUGCCAAAGCAAAGUAUGGCCUCACAACCCACACUGAACCGGGGCCCCCAGCCUCCUGCCCCCUGUGCCUGCCCGGGAGUCAGCCAGCUCUCGGGCCAGGCUGUGCGGGCCGGCCAGCCGCACACAGCGGGGGCCUGGGGACGGGCCGCUGCUGGCAGCGUGGGGGGUGCCCAGAUGCCAGCACACCGCACGGUGCUCCGGCGCGCACUGUGAGGGGAGGGGAAGGCAUUUUUCCAGCUAAGAAACCACUAUUGUUUUACUUUUCUUUUCCCUUAGCCGCAUACAACUUAACAACUACUCCUGUUUUUGAUGUAUUUUUUUUACAGCUCUUUUAAGAUGAAGGAGUGAGGUAAAAUCAUUGUGAAAGGUCUUUAGGGAUCUAAAUUUAAGAGGACUUCUCCUGGCACAUAUUUCAAAGCAAAGACUUUGUUGCCUGCUGCUUGUUCUAAUUUACAGGGAUAUUUAAUUUUGUAAGGUAUGUGUAUAUUUAUAGAACUGUAAUUAAUUGCACAUUGGACUGGAAGAGAGCGGGCGACCUGGUGAGUGGCAGCUGUCGGUACUCUCCAUUUCCUUGUGCUGCGUUCCACGCGGGUCCCCAGGAUGGGAAUGGGGUGCGCUUGUUUGUCUGUUGGACUCGGGUCCUUCAUUUUUGCUUUGGGUUCCCUUGUUAAAAUGUGAUGGUUAACCUGCUCCUUAAAAAGAAAACACUAAUUCUGCUGCUGCUCACAGAAGGUUUGCUGAAUGUAUUUUAAAUAGGGCUCUGGCUCGUGCACACUGCAGCUGUCCCCUGUGGCCAGUGAUGACACACCCAUGUGUGUGACCAGACCCUUACUGUAUGUAGCAGGGAUGUAUGGAUUGUGCUUCCUUAACAAAUGGAAAUGCCAGCUGAGAGAUUAUCUGCUGCUGCUGUUCAAAAGGCCAUUUAUGAAAGUCAUAUUUGAGCCCCAUGAAAUCUUAGGAAAGCCUGUGAUCAUUAAUUGGAAAGAAUGAGAAUUGAUACAAAUUUCAUGUUAAAAGCUGUGCUCAGAAGGUCCGAGCUGAGGUUGGUCUCUUCCCAAACCCUGGCUGUUGUGUGUCGUCUACGUGUCUCCGAGUCCCCUUUUUUCAGGCUGCACAUUCUGGCAUCUGCUCCCCGGGGGAGUCCGUCGGCCUGCUCGCGUGCGAGGUGCCGCCCGUCGGGGUCCCUACUCGCCGUCCCCGUGCACCGCAACAGAACCCAUGGAGCAUACGUGGCCUUUUUGAACCAAGACUUUGCAUACUGAUCUCUCCCCAGUAAGGAGUUGAGCACAUUAGCAACAAUGUACAUUAUUAAUUUCAGAUUUUCAUUUUCAUGUUUUAUUAUGUAAAUAUGAUCCGAUGUUUGGAGCUUGAGUAUACAGAAUGUAAAUAUAGUUCUUGUAUUUGUACUAAUUCUGGUUCUUUUGCUGUAUAGCCUUAGAUGUGCAAUGCAGACAUUAUCUAACUGUGUAUGGUAACCUUGCAUCACGGACCUAUUAUUGAACGAGGUAAAAAUAAUAAAGGUACAACCAGUGCAUC